AUGUCGCGCUCCUUCUAUGUGGACUCGCUCAUCAUCAAGGACUCCUCUCGGCCCGCACCCUCGCUGCCGGAAUCGCACCCAGGGCCGGAUUUCUUCAUUCCACUAAGCAUGCCGUCCCCGUUGGUGAUGUCGAUGUCGGGGCCCGGCUGCCCGUCCCGCAAAAGCGGCGCUUUCUGCGUCUGCCCGCUUUGCGUCACCUCGCACCUACAUUCCUCUCGCCCGCCCGCAGGAGCCGGUGGCGGUGCAACGGGGACCGUAGGCGCUGCGGUAGCGGGCGCCGGGGCGGUUGGGGGCACCAGCGCCCUACCUUUGCUCAAGAGCCAGUUCUCUUCCGGCCCUGGGGACCCACAGUUUUGCCCACGGGUGAGCCACGCACACCAUCACCACCACCCGCCCCAGCACCAUCAUCACCAUCACCAGCCCCAGCAGCCGGGCUCAGCGGCGGCGGCGGCGGCUGCUGCUGCUGCGGCAGCGGCGGCCGCAGCGGCCCUGGGACACCCUCAACACCACGCACCUGUCUGCGCCGCCACCACCUACAACGUGUCGGACCCGCGGAGGUUCCACUGCCUCACCAUGGGAGGCUCCGACGCCAGCCAGGUACCCAACGGCAAAAGGAUGAGGACAGCAUUUACCAGCACGCAGCUCCUGGAGCUGGAGCGAGAAUUCUCUUCCAAUAUGUACCUGUCCCGACUCCGAAGAAUCGAGAUCGCAACGUACCUGAACCUCUCAGAGAAGCAGGUGAAAAUCUGGUUUCAGAACCGUCGCGUGAAGCACAAGAAAGAAGGGAAAGGCGCUUCGAGGAACAAUCACGCAAGCUGCAAGUGCGUGGGCAGCCAGGCGCACUAUGCUCGCUCAGAGGACGAGGACUCCUUGUCCCCAGCCUCGGCUAACGAAGACAAGGAGAUUUCUCCCUUGUAA